AUGGACCGCUCCAUCGUACACAAACCCUUCACGUCUCCUACCGCUAUGUUCAGGCCUGAAACUGUUGUUCCCAUCUCGUUUGUUACGGCCCCCAACAUCAUCAAUUCUCUGUCGGAUACGGUUUCAAAGCUCAGCAACGAGCUCUAUAUAGCACGUCGCGAAGCAGUGCAAGCGCAUAGCAGUCUUGGGCAGGCGACUCAGCGUCACUUCGUUCAGCAUGGUGAAAUGACCGCUCGCCUUGCCUUGCUGAACAAUCAACUGCAGGAUUGCUACGACAACAUUGUCGGGUUUCUCAACGUAGCCGCCGGUUACAGCGAGAAUAUAGUAUGCAAGCAGUAUCCUCAUCGCUCUAUCAUAGCUCCCCUUCUCAAGGCGAUUGAGGAGUCUAUCGAGAAAUGGACGGUUCUUAGGCCUCGUAUGCCGUUGAAAGAUCAAGCUACCUCCGAGGAUCAAGUACGUUGGCUCAGGGAGCAAUCCGACGACAUUUCUGAUAAUUCUAACAGCGCUGUGGGAGCCGAAGAACCUGAUUCCGACAUAUAUCUCGACACUGAUAUGUGCCCCCCGCUGAAGAGGGAUGCGGCGUCGCGACCUGCUUCAAGCUGCAACUAG